AUGGCCAACCCGGCUCAAUCCGUUGCUAGCUCCAACGCACCUCAUCCAACACCAUCAGUUCUCGUAGGUGGAUACAGAUCUUCGUCCGUGCAACUCGAAGUCGAACUUGUGGAACGGUUGAACGAGAUAGGACGUUCGAACCUACCAGAGAAAACCCUAUCACGUACGCGAGCGUGCCAAAGCGUGCUCGACAACAUUGUGCUACAAGAUGAGCACUACGGUCGUCUUUUGUCACGAAUUCGAGACGAGUUUAGCACGUAUGUUGACAUGACGAGCCGAAAGAGUCCUAUCAAAUCAACUAACGGCAAAGGAGCGAAGACUUGGUGUGCAUGUGAGCAAGACAUCUUUGGUACUUCGCUCUUAUAA